ACUACUCGUAAUUGUUUUCAUAAUUGAUGUUUGUCUACUUUUAAUAUAUUGCUCUCAAAGAAGUAGUAUAUAUAAAAAAAAACUGCAUCUCAAAUGGCAAAGGUUACUAGUAACAAGCACCAAGAGUUGGUUGAUGUGGUGUUUUCUUGGUCUCUUAGUGAUGUGCUCAAUCAAAAUCUAUACAAGGAAAAGGUAGCAGAGAUUCCGAAGACAUUUUCAUCUGUAAUUGAGUAUAAAAGGUCAUUUGUUAAUCUGCUUUUUGAGGAGACACAUGCUGACUUGUUCUCUAAUAUUCAAUGCGUUAACCGUUGUCCUACUUCAGAGAUUGUCGAAGUGCACAUUUCUAAUGGGUUUAAGCCUCCUAAAGACUUGUUAUACACCGUCAUGCUUCCAUAUCAAGGAUCUUAUGACCCUCAGGCUGGAGAUCUCAUUGCUUUGACUACUGUAAGGCCCAAACCUAUUGAUGAUCUAAAGAGGCCAAACGAGACUUACAUCAUUGCUUUAGUGCAACGCAUGUACAUAGACAAGUCAAUAUAUAGGACGUUUGUCUUAUCAUCGAGACCAAUCAAUUUUCAAGAAGUUGAAGGACAUAAUUUGAAACACUUUGUUGUUUUUCUUACCAACUUAACAACAAAUAUUCGUAUCUCUAAAGCGCUUAACUCAGAGCUAGAGGGAGACAAGAAGAAGUUGAUCGAAACAUUACUGCGGGUUAAUUCUAACGUUGAAGAACCUUGUGCUUCAUGUUCUAUUGAUAAAACCAGAGACGUUACUUUUCAGAAAAUGAAAGUAGCCGUUAAAACUUUCCAGCUUGAUAGUUCACAAGAAUCUGCUGUUUUAAUCUGCAUUGCUGAAAGUGGCUGUCGACACCGAAAUACAACAAAGUUAAUUUGGGGUCCUCCAGGGACAGGAAAGACUAAAACUACUGGCUCGUUAUUGUUUAUGCUGUUGGGAUUAAAAUGCAGAACCCUUACUUGUGCACCUACGAAUAUUGCAGUCGUAGGAGUUACUAAACGGCUUAUGAGCUUAGUAAGGGACUCGUUGUCACAUGAUACUUAUGGUUUAGGAGACAUACUUUUAUUUGGGAAUGGUGAGAGAAUGAAGAUCAACGAUCACAAAGAUCUUUCAAAUAUAUUCUUAAAUUUUCGUAUCAAGAGUCUUUCCGAGUGUUUAGCCCCAUGUUCAGGAUGGAAAGGUACCAGUGAGUGGAUGAUUCGUUUCCUUGAGGAUCCUGAAGAUCAGUACCGAUUGUACUUGUUAGCUGAACAGGUUGAUCGAAAUGAUGAGGAAAAACAUACAGAUGAAGAGUCAAAUGACUUGCGUAUAAAAAGAGCACUGAUAGAGAAGAACUGGAAGACCCUUUUGUUAAUUGAGAAGCAUUUAAACCGAAAAUCAAACAUAAAAACUUUUCGAGAAGAUAUUUUGACUUUUGAGCAAUUUGUCACAAAUGGAUUCAGAUCUCUUGGGAAUCACCUUAUAUCCUGUGUUGAAAACUUGUACACACAUAUGCCGACAUCAAUUAUUUCUGUAGAGGCAGCUAAACAAAUGAUUUGUCUAGUCCGUUCUCUCAAGCUUGUUAAGAAUUCUCUCACCGAAGCAGUUGCGAAAAAUGCAGGGUUAAGAGAAGCUUUAAGAGGAUUAAAUGAUGCUAGGAAAACAGGAAGUACUGAUUUACAUGGUUGCAGAAUGUCGAGUCUCAAAAUACUCAAAUACCUUCAAGACACACUUUGCCUUCCACGACUCAUGGGAUAUAAUGCAAUCAAGGGGUUUUGUAUGGCGAAUGCUUUAUUAAUAUUUUGCACUGCAUCGAGCUCCAUUAACUUGUAUACAAGCAAAGAGAAAUCUUUGGAAUUUCUUGUGAUCGAUGAAGCUGCUCAGCUAAAGGAAUGUGAAUCUCUUAUACCUUUGCAGCUUAAUGUUAUUCGGCAUGCUAUCCUAGUUGGGGAUGAAAGACAACUCCCUGCCAUGGUUCAAAGCAAGAUUUGUAAGGAGGCUGAAUUUGGAAGGAGCUUGUUUGAGAGGCUUGUGUUACAAGGGCAUAAGAAGCACCUUCUUAAUGUACAAUAUCAGAUGCAUCCGUCAAUAAGUAGAUUCCCAAAUAAGGAAUUCUACAACAAUCAGAUCUUGGAUGGGGCAAAUGUUAAGAGCAGCACUUAUGGAAAGCGUUUUCUUCCAGAAUCUAUGUAUGGCUCAUAUUCAUUUAUAAAUGUAACAUCUUCAAAGGAGGAAUUUGAUAGGAAUCAGAGCACGAAGAAUCUCAUGGAAGUGGCUGUGGCUGUUGCUGCUGAAAUAAUUGCAAACCUCUUUAAAGUUGUUGCAAGAAGGCGAAGGGUAAGUGUUGGUUGCAUAUCGCCAUAUAAAGCUCAGGUUAAUGCAAUACAGGAAAAAAUUGGCAAAAAGUACUUGGGCUAUGAAAACUACUUUAUUGUGAAUGUCCGGUCGGUUGAUGGCUUUCAAGGGAGCGAGGAGGAUGUAAUUAUUAUAUCCACUGUGAGAUGUAAUGGUAAAGGGUCUAUCGGCUUUCUUUCAAAUCAUCAAAGAACGAAUGUGGCACUAACCCGAGCCAGAUACUGUCUUUGGAUUUUGGGGAAUGAAUCGACUUUAAUGAAUAGUGGCUCUAUCUGGAAGCACUUAGUUAUGGAUGCCAAGAAUCGUGGCUGUUUCUACGAUGCGACUGAAGACAAAAUAUCGGCUCGGUUUGUCAAAGAUGAUAGGACACUCAAACAAGGCUCAAACUUGGCUAAAUCUGAAUCCAGUAACAACAGCUCAAUUAAACAUGGCACAAACUUGGCUCAAGCCACUAAAAAUGAUUUUCGUGAACUUGAUUGUAUAUUCAAUAUGGAUUCGCCCCUUUUUGGCGAGGCCAAAUGGCAGGUAAGUAAAAACAUGGGACUUAUCUUUGCAUGUUCAGUCUAA